UUUUAUUUUCAGAGGACUGAUGCCUAGGUAUUCACCAGGCUUCACGGAUCAGGGAAGUUCUCGUUACGGUCGGGAAUUUGGUGACAGCGGAAGUGGUUUUGCAGCAACAUCCCACGAGUUUCAGGAUUCAGGCUUUGGUGGUGGUGGUCGGGGUCGAGGUGCCCGAAAGUUUGCUAAUAAUGAUAGAUUCAACUCGGGAGCACCUGGUGACAACGGAUAUGGUGCAGUGUGUGGGGGGUCCUCUUUCGGAAACGAGAACAGGUCAGCAGCUACAUUCGAAGGCGGUGGAGGAGGUGCACGCUUUGGAUCUGGAGCUAAACGGGAUGGAAAUCGAGAGGUGAUUUCCCUUGGCGCCGAAAUGAUUCCUCGUCUCAUUGGAAAAGGAGGAAGCAACAUUAAACGCGUGGAAACUGAAAACGGAUGUAAAAUUCAAAUUCUAAAAGAGACUAAAACAGAUUUGAAAACGGAUAUUGCAAUUACUGGCAAUGAAGCCGGAAUAAAUGGUGUAAAAAUUUAUCUGGAAGACGAAUUUGGUUUCAGUCUUUCAGCUGACCGAUCAAUGCAAACGGAAAGUGCUUCAAAUAACGAUUCGUCUAAUCAGUUCGGACAGUUUUCAAGUGGCUUUGGAUCGUCUGAAGGGUAUGGCUGUGGCAACAAACGUCAACAAAACUCGUCAUCAUGGAACGCAGAACCAGAAACAAGUGGUGGUUUCGGUUUCGGUAACUGGAAUGAGCACAACUCUGCUGCACCAGAAAAAUCUAGUGGAUUUGCAACAAAUAACUCGGCAGGUUUCGGAGAUGCGAAAGGCACCAGAAGUGAUUCACGUAACUCAAGAGGGUUCGGAACUGAACGAAGUUCUUCACGUGGUUUCGGAAACAAUUCAGGUGGUUUCGGAACCAAUUCAGGUGGUUUCGGAAACAAUUCAGGCUCUUCAGGGCGCGAAUUUUUUUCGAAUCAUCCUCGAAACUUUGGAGACGGUUCAAACCGUGGUUUUACUGGAAAUUCACGAGGCUUCGGUGACCAAUCGAGGAGUUCUGGUGGCUUUGGAGGAAAUUCAAAUGGCCCUGGUGGUUUUGCUAACAAUUCCACUGGAUUCAAUAGUUUUUCUACGACUUCUCAAGAGUUCGGUGAUUCUCAAAGUAAUGGGUUUUCAAAUACAAAUUCGGGAAGUUUCCAGGGCAACUCAUUCGACGGAAAUCAAAGAGGAAGCCAGAGAGGAGGGUUUGGGUCGAAUCGCCCGAGUAGAAAUGAUGAAGAUUUCAGUGUUUUUUCCUCCAAAGGGAACUCAGGAUCUAGAAAUUCAUUUGCAAAUAAUUCAGUUAAAGAAGACAUGCCUAGGUUUGAUUGGGGCCCAAAGGGGCCUCCGACUGCAGAGGCUUUCGCCGCAUCAGUAAAAGGUUACGACGAAUCAUCAGUUCCAAAAAUAGACUGGGAUGCAGUGAGAAGCUGCAAACCAGAAGCUAGAUUCAAGGACUACCCAGCCAUAACUAAAAAAUUCUAUCGCGAGAGUCCAACUGUCGCAAAUAGAUCUGAGGAAGAAGUGAAAAGAAUCAGAGAUUCGAAAAAUAACAUCAUCGUAAAAGACAUGAGUAAAAGCGGCACUCGGAAAAGUCCAAACCCUGUCACCACUUUUGAAGAAGCCUUUGAACAAUUUCCGGAAAUUUUGGAUACAAUAUACCACCAAGGAUUCACGGAGCCAUCACCGAUUCAGUGCCAGGGCUGGCCAGUGCUGUUGAACGGCGACGAUUUGAUCGGAAUCGCGCAGACUGGAUCUGGCAAAACACUGGCUUUUCUACUUCCAGCUUUAAUUCAUAUCGACCUGCAGCCAGUGCCUCGCGACCAAAGAGGUGGUCCCAAUGUCUUAGUGCUCUGUCCUACCAGAGAAUUAGCACUCCAAAUUGAAACCGAGGUGAAAAAAUACUUCUACAGGGGCAUCAAGAGCGUCUGUGUGUAUGGAGGCGGAGAUAGAGCGAAACAAGUCAGCAUUUGCACCGAGGGCGUCGAAAUCGUCAUUGCUACACCAGGAAGGCUGUAUGACCUCAUUUCUAAUGGUAUCAUAUCGAUUAUGAGUGUCACAUUCGUUGUCCUCGACGAAGCAGAUCGUAUGUUGGACCUCGGAUUCGAGCCCCAGAUCUUGAAGUGCAUGUUAGACGUCCGACCAGAUCGUCAGACUGUAAUGACUAGUGCCACGUGGAACUGGGAUGUACAGAGAAUCGCCGCCAAAUAUCUUACAGAUCCUUUCUUUGUCAAUGUAGGAUCUCUGGACUUAACCGCUGUCCACUCAGUCACUCAGAAAAUUGUGUUUGCCGAAGAAGAUGAUAAAGAACAGUUAUUGUAUGAAAUGAUUCGAGAAAUGCAAGGCGAUGACAAAAUGAUUGUUUUUAUUGGUAAGAAAAUUGUUGUUGAUCAGAUAGCAAGCAAAAUGGCGCUAGCUAAUAUGCCUGCUGAGUCAAUACACGGAGGCCGAGAUCAGUAUUCUCGGGAAGAAGCUAUCGAAUCGUUCCGUGAAAAUGAAGUGAAAGUUCUCUUGGCUACAGACGUUGCGAGUCGAGGCUUAGAUAUCGUUGAUGUGACAAUGGUUGUCAAUUAUGAUUUUCCGAGAAACAUGGAAGAGUACGUGCAUAGAGUGGGUCGAACGGGACGUGCUGGUAGAACAGGAACAGCGGUGUCUUUUAUCAGUCGUCGUGACUGGGGUAAUGCCAAAGAACUGAUUCGCAUCUUAGAGGAGGCCGACCAAGAAGUACCGGAUCAAUUGCGAGAUAUGGCCAAUAGGUUCGAUCGGAGACAGACUCGGAUGCAAGCUGAAGGCGGGUUCCGAAGAGGCGGUGGCGGACGAGGAGGAGGAGGGGGGUUCGGCGGGGGCCGUGGUGGAAGGGGAGGACGUCGCGAUCGAGACGAAGACGAUCUUUUCUUGUUCAGCGCUUCUGGAUUCAUGCCUGGAUAAAAUAACGAUUGAUGUCACGGUAAAAUUGAGAUGUUUUCGUGUAACUUGAAACUGGAAUUUCUCUCGUAACUUAAAUUAAAGGCCAACUGAUACAUUUUCUGCGCUGCUAGUUUUAACUUAUUGAACAAGUUUUUCUAAGAGCUUCGUGCAAUAAAUGUGGCCUGGUCCGCAAAUAUCUGCGGAAAACUGAUUGAGCCUUAAUUUAUUGUAUAAAAUAGUACGUCGAAUCGAUUUCGAAUUGAUUGGUUGUUUGUUGAUAUGCAAUUGAUUGAAUGUUUCGAUGCUAUUGAAUUCGAUUGAUUUUGUGU